AUGCGCAGACGUUACUUCAAAGAGCUGGGAACUAGGACUACACAGGCAAUGCCAUCUAUUCAGCAACCUCCCAAAUUGGAACUCAAGCAACUGCCACCACACCUGAGAUAUGCUAACCUGGGGAAAUCUUCUACACUUUCGGUUAUUAUUUCAAGUACUGUCAAAGAGGUGGAGGAAGAGAAACUACUUCAGGUGCUAAGGGAGAAUAAAAUAGCCAUUGGAUGGUCGAUUACAGAUAUCAAGGGGAUCAGCCCGUCGCUAUGUAUCAUCUAUCCAAUAUCAGAUAGUGCUUGGAUCAGUGCAGUACAAGUUAUUCCCAAGAAAGGGGGUAUCACAGUGAUAGAAAAUGAGAAAAAUGAGUUGAUUCCUACAUGGACUGUGGUUGGAUGGAGAGUUUGCAAUGAUUAUCGCAAACUAAAUGCUGCUACUCGAAAAGAUCACUUCCCACUACCGUUCAUUGAUCAAAUAAUGGAGAGACUAGCAGGGCAUUCGCUUUACUAUUUUCUGGAUGGAUAUUCCGAGUGUAAUCAGAUUCCAGUAGCACUUGAUGAUCAGGAGAAGACAACUUUCACUUGCCCCUACGAUAUGACCAAAAAAAUAAGUGCUGCUUCACAGGUAAAGCUGUAUCCGGCAGUGUUCUGGUCUUCAUUUGAUGAGUGCUUGGAGCAUUUCAGUCUCGUGCUACAGUGGUGUACGGAGACUAACUUGGUGAUCGAGAAAUUACCACCACCUACAUCCGUGAAAGGUGUUCGUAGUUUCCUCGGGCAUGCUGGUUUCUACAGAAAGUUCAUCAAGGAUUUCUCAAAGAUUACUAAACCGUUGUGCUGUCUGUUGAUGAAGGAAUCCACAUUUGAGUUCACGAAUGAGUGUCUGCUUGCUUUUAACACCUUGAAGGAGAAGUUGAUUUCAGCACUCGUGAUCAUCACACCAGAUUGGAAUCUGCCAUUUGAAUUAAUGUUCAAUGCCAGUGAUUAUGCUAUUGGGGCUGUCUUAGGGCAACGAAGAAAUAAGAUAUUUCACGUGAUUUUAUGCAAGGAUAAGAAAGGUAGUGAAAACGUAGUGGCAGGCCACUUAUCUCGACUCGAGGCCACAGAACAGACAGAAACAGUGGAAAUUAACGAAGUCUUCCCAGAUGAACAGAUUUUUGGUAUGGGGGAGGCACCCUGGCAUUUUGGUGCUUCAAAAAUAGCAGCGAAGAUCCUUCAAUCAGGUUUUUAUUGGCCUACACUAUUUAAAGGUACUUUUGAAUUCGUGAAAAGGUAUGAUCGAUGUCAAUGCACCGGUAAUAUAUCUAGGAGACAUGAAAUGCCUUUGAAUAAUAUCUUGGAGGUGGAACUAUUCGACGUCUGGGGGAUCGACUUCAUGGGUCCAUUUCCCCCAUCCUUCUCUAAUCAGUACAUAUUAGUGGCUGUGGAUUAUGUAUCGAAGUGGGUAGAGGCCAUUGCACUGCCUACCAAUGAUGGGAAGGUGGUGAUUGAGUUCCUAAAAAAAAAUAUUUUUACCCGCUUUAGAACACUGAGGGCUAUAAUCAGUGCCGGGGGCAAACAUUUCUGCAAUCGUCAGUUUGAGCAAUUGUUGGCUAAAUAUGGCGUUAAACAUCGUGUAGCCACCGUAUAUCAUCCUCAAACCAGUGAACAAGUCGAAGUGUCCAAUAGACAAUUGAAGCGAAUACUCGAAGUCACAGUCAUUGGUCGUGCAUGCAUUAUAAUUGGAUUGAAUUCUCAUCCCCUUAAUGCCCUGGGCAUUGCACACAUGGUCGGUGAGUUUGAAAUGAAUUUGGAUGAUUGGGAGUAG